AUGAUCGUGUCUUCUAACAAGAAGUAUGUGCCCAGUGUAAAUGUGUCUUCUUACAAGACGUAUGUGCCCAGUGUAAAUGUGUCUUCUAACAAGACGUAUGUGCCCAGUGUGAAUGUGUCUUCUUACAAGACGUAUGUGCCCAGUGUGAAUGUGUCUUCUAACAAGACGUAUGUGCCCAGUGUGAAUGUGUCUUCUAACAAGACGUAUGUGCCCAGUGUGAAUGUGUCUUCUUACAAGACGUAUUUGCCCAGUGUGAAUGUGUCUUCUAACAAGACGUAUGUGCCCAGUGUGAAUGUGUCUUCUUACAAGACGUAUGUGCCCAGUGUGAAUGUGUCUUCUAACAAGACGUAUGUGCCCAGUGUGAAUGUGUCUUCUAACAAGACGUAUGUGCCCAGUGUGAAUGUGUCUUCUUACAAGACGUAUGUGCCCAGUGUGAAUGUGUCUUCUUACAAGACGUAUGUGCCCAGUGUGAAUGUGUCUUCUUACAAGAGGUAUGUGCCCAGUGUGAAUGUGUCUUCUUACAAGACGUAUGUGCCCAGUGUGAAUGUGUCUUCUAACAGGACGUAUGUGCCCAGUGUGAAUGUGUCUUCUUACAAGACGUAUGUGCCCAGUGUGAAUGUGUCUUCUUACAAGACGUAUGUGUCCAGUGUGAAAGUGCCUUCUUACAAGACGUAUGUGCCCAGUGUGAAUGUGUCUUCUUACAAGACGUAUGUGCCCAGUGUGAAUGUGUCUUCUAACAAGACGUAUGUGCCCAGUGUGAAUGUGUCUUCUUACAAGACGUAUGUGCCCAGUGUGAAUGUGUCUUCUAACAAGACGUAUGUGCCCAGUGUGAAUGUGUCUUCUUACAAGACGUAUGUGUCCAGUGUGAAAGUGCCUUCUUACAAGACGUAUGUGCCCAGUGUGAAUGUGUCUUCUUACAAGACGUAUGUGCCCAGUGUGAAUGUGUCUUCUUACAAGACGUAUGUGCCCAGUGUGAAUGUGUCUUCUUACAAGACGUAUGUGCCCAGUGUGAAUGUGUCUUCUUACAAGACGUAUGUGCCCAGUGUGAAUGUGUCUUCUAACAAGAAGUAUGUGCCCAGAGUGAUUGUGUCUUCUAACAAGGCGUAUGUGCCCAGUGUGAAUGUGUCUUCUAACAAGACGUAUGUGCCCAGUGUGAAUGUGUCUUCUAACAAGACGUAUGUGCCCAGUGUGAAUGUGUCUUCUGACAAGACGUAUGUGCCCAGUGUGAAUGUGUCUUCUUACAAGACGUACGUGCCCAGUGUGAAUGUGUCUUCUUACAAGACGUAUGUGCCCAGUGUGAAUGUGUCUUCUUACAAGACGUAUGUGCCCAGUGUGAAUGUGUCUUCUAACAAGAAGUAUGUGCCCAGUGUGAUUGUGUCUUCUAACAAGACGUAUGUGCCCAGUGUGAAUGUGUCUUCUAACAAGACGUAUGUGCCCAGUGUGAAUGUGUCUUCUAACAAGACGUAUGUGCCCAGUGUGAAUGUGUCUUCUUACAAGACGAAUGUGCCCAGUGUGAAUGUGUCUUCUAACAAGACGUAUGUGCCCAGUGUGAAUGUGUCUUCUUACAAGACGUAUGUGUCCAGUGUGAAAGUGCCUUCCUACAAGACGUAUGUGCCCAGUGUGAAUGUGUCUUCUUACAAGACGUAUGUGCCCAGUGUGAAUGUGUCUUCUAACAAGACGUAUGUGCCCAGUGUGAAUGUGUCUUCUAACAAGACGUAUGUGCCCAGUGUGAAUGUGUCUUCUAACAAGACGUAA